GUGUGUCUUAUCAGGCCAAAAAAAUACGUAUUUGGUUACGAAACCGUAUUUUCUUGAAAUAUAUGGAGGCGUUCCUCUACGUUUCCGUAAAAAGAGCGAAGCGUAUUUUUUCUGGGCUUGCUCCUUUUACGUUUCGGUGAAAAAUUUCCCGCUUUUUUGCGACUACCGGAGCAGACACCGGUCACGCGUGCUGUCUUCAUCACACCACACCUAGACAGCACCAACAACACCCCAAAGUGCUUCCCAAGGCUACUUCACUACCAUGCCUGAGCGUGGGAAGCGUCAAAAUCCCAGGGGGAUCGCAGCGCAACGCCGGGAGAAGCGCCGUCGGCGAGCUAUCGACGAGGAGGAUGUAGCCCAUGACAAGAGAUUCACAGUCUUGGGUCUUGUGAGGGCCGUAGUAGUGGCGGCGGGCGUCGUGGCAGCAGGAGAGGCUCAUCGUGCCCACUGCCCUCAGGAACGGGAGCCCAUCUACGAGCCCAAGCGUCUUCCGUGGGCUCAACACGAGGCGGACCUCGAUAAACGGCACGGGUGGCGGCGGUCGUACCGCAUGGAGAAAGGCAGUUUCCACAAGCUUGUCGAGCUCUCCGCCCUUCGCUGGAAGUCAACGCUUUCUUCGGCGCAGGCACUGCGGUCGCCAACCAACGGCGCCAUAGCUGUGGAAGUCCGCGUUGCCGCGGCGUUGAGGAUCCUGGCUGGCGGCAGUUACUGGGAUGUUGCCCUCAUGUUUGGCUUGUCGAGGGCGGUCACGUUCGACAUCUUGUGGCAAGUGAUCGAUGCCAUCAACGAGACGCCUGCGAUUGGGGCAUUUGACUUCCCCCUGACCGAGGAAGGCUGCAUGCGAAACGCCAACAGAUUCAAGGAGAAGAGCACCGAUGGCAUUUUCUCCUGGGUCGUCGCCGCCGUGGAUGGUCUGUUCAUCAAGGCCAAGGCUCCGUAUGCGAAAGACACCGCCAACGUCCUCGCGUACUACUCUGGCAGCAAGUCCGCGUACGGCAUCAACGUACAAGCGAUGUGCACCGCCGACUACCGGUUUUGCGCGAUGUCGGCGAUCUCACCAGGCUCUACGAACGACUGGGUAGCAUGGAAUCGAUCUUCCCUCGCCAAGGCCGUCGCCCGCUUGCCCACCGGAUUUCACAUCAUUGGUGACGCCGCCUACCCCAUCGGAGAAAAGCUUCUGACUCCGUACCCUGGGAGGCUCCUGCCGGCGGGUGAGGACUCGUUCAACUUCCACCUGAGCCAGCUUCGUGUCAAGAUCGAGCAGAGCUUCGGCAUCCUGGUUUCGACUUGGGGCAUUCUGUGGAGACCUCUCCGCGUGCAGUUCGCAGGACGCGCGGAUCUCAUCACGGCUCUUUUCCAUCUGCACAACUUCCUGCAAGACGAGAAGGUAUCGCCGAUCCAGGUUGCAGAGGAGGACUCGCGCAGCGGACGCAACCGGCCGGCCCUCUGUGCUACGCAGCGCACCUUGCCGGAUGGCUGGCAAACGGAGCAGCCGGCUCCUUCGAGGAGCGGUGAGACCCCGGCCCGAGCGGCUAUCCGCACGGCCCUGGAGUUGAAGAAGCAGUGGAGGCCGGACUACAACCGCCGGAGGAAUUCGUAAGCACGUAUCCAGCCCGGCGGCAUCGUGUCGCGCGCGCACAAGCGGGAAGUGGGGACGGGUCUACAUAGGGGCGGAUGGGGGCGGAUGGGGAGGAAGGUCGCUACUACAAGCGGGCGAGAGGCGCGGCGGGGGGCAAGGGGGGUGGGGGUGGGGCGCGCGGGGAUGCGAUUCUUCCCGUGGCGGAUACCUCAAUGUAGAGGGCGGAGGGCGCUGGAAGGACGUGUUUUGGGUGUUGGUGGUAGGGUGUCGGCGCAUCCCGGGGAGAGGUGGGGGGUGUGAUGUGUGACUCACAUGUUGAUUCUCGCUGACAUGUUUUGUGGGUGUCGGUGUGGAGCGUUCUGACCAGAUGUGUCCUGGUACACUUGGUUCGUAUUGUGUGUGUUCGUGCCGGCAACACUUUAUGGUUAACAUGCAUCGUGUGCGGAUGAAAGCGGGGUCCUGUGGGUCUUGGAGGGUGCUUGUUUUGCCUAGGGCAUUAAAAAUGUGGGCAUGUUCGACUUUUUUUUCCUAAUUGAUAGGAGGGUGUGAAUCGAAAACGUUGUUGUCGUUGAUACAACUUUUAAUGAUGUCUCUGCAUCCCUGUAUUAAAUAUUCGUCGCGUGGGUGAAACAUUGCUCGAGGUUGCAGACCUGAAGGAGACCCACACACCCGCUAAAAAUUGGGGUCUUGUCGAAUCCCAUCGCGAACACAUUCCUGCGCUUCAAGUGAGCAUGCGCGGAGAUGGGAAAAAUUGCAAGGCUCCAAAAUUGCGGAAUCAAAGCGUGCCUCAGAGUUCCCGCCAACACCC